CCAAUUUGUGUUUUCGAACCAUGCCGGUGCCCACGGGUGGUCGCAGUGAGUAUGAGAAGACCCUGAGCUCGGAACUGCAGAAGCUCCAUGCUGUCUUUUUGGAGCAACAUCAGAAAGAUGUCGAGAUGAAGGUGAAGAAGGCAGCCGCCAAAGCCUUGCGAGGGCUAAGCCGGGAGGCAGCGACGUCCGGUUCAACAGCGGAGGAACGUCCACCUAAGACUUUGGAAGAGAUCGACAACUCUGUCCAUGAGGCAGAUUUUGAUGAGUCGUUGACAUGUCAGAAGUGGUUGGAAUUCUCUGAGAAGCUUCUGGAGCUGGAGUCUUCCUCGGUGACUCAAGUGGAUGAGCCCAUUGUGGAGGAAGAUUUGCAGAUGCGGGCCUCCUGGAAAAUCUCCUGGCAGGAAGCGUCCACAAUUCAUCGGAACCGCAAUUUCUUACCCUCGACACGGAGCAAGUCCUACAGUUUGAGGAUGAAUGAGGUGAUUCGAGACUACACAUGCAUUGGUCGGAUGGUUUUGCCACCGCGUAGCAAGCAGCAGAUGGUGUGGACCUUUUUCGGCACCAUGCUAAUCCUUUGGGAUUUGAUCACUAUCCCCUUGGAGUUCUUUGCUUUGGGGCCCUACACCACAGAUGUCUUGGGCGUGAUGGGCCGGCUCUCAAUGGCUUUCUGGAUGAUUGACAUGCCGAUGAACCUGUUCUUCGGCAUCGAGAAACAGGGGAGAACCGAGAUGAGAGUGAUUGAACUGGCACGUGCCUACUUGCGUUCCUACUUCGUGCUAGACGUGUUGGUCGUCUCCAUUGAUAUCGCUCUUUUGCUGGUGGAAAUUCUCGGGGAGGACGCAGACGGUGGCUUUCGCUCCGCACGGUUCCUCCGUACGAUGCGGCUGCUGCGGCUUUUACGUCUCUUGCGUGCGGUGAAGCUGCAGCAGGAGCUCACCCUCUUGGCAAACCGCUUUCUGUCGGUUCAUGUCUUCAUGGUGGCCAAGGUUGUUUUGGGCCUGAUCAUGAUGUUGCUCAUCAACCACAUCAUUGCUUGCCUUUGGUACGGCGUUGGUUCCUGGACGGGACAAUGGCGUUGGUUCGCUGGUGCUGUGUCGAUGUGGAAGCAGAGAAUCCAUCGAUGUCGAACCAGAGCCAUCAUAGGCCCUUGCCAUCACAACCUUUCGGAUCUGGACAUGUUCUGCGAGGAGAACUUCCCUCGUAGAUUCUUUGGGAGAUGUCCUCGAUCAAGCAUGCUGUACAGCUUGUAGUGGUAUUAUGCGUUGAAGGUUUCCAUGAUUCUAUCUCAUAUUCAAUUUCACCAGGAAGCAAGGCUGCCGAAC